AUGCAAGACGAUGAAUCUCGAGGAUUGCUCCAAAUGCUUAAUAGAAAGCAAAGAGAAUUUUUUUACCAUGCUUUGCAUUUAAUUAAAACAUUUGAUAAACCAUUUUAUGCCUUUUUAAGUGGAGCUGGAGGUGUUGGUAAAUCUCACCUUAUUAAAUCAGUUUAUCAAGCGGCAUUAAAAUACUAUAAUGCACAAGCUGGUGAAGAUUUUCGUCGUGUUCAUAUAUUAUUACUUGCUCCUACAGGAAAAGCAGCUUAUAUUAUUAAAGGUAACACGAUUCAUAGUGCCUUGACAGUUCCAGCAAGUCAAUCACUUAAAAAUUAUAAACCACUUGAUUCUGGCAGGCUAAACACGUUUAGAUGCAAACUGGGUGCAUUAAAGUUAAUACUACUUGAUGAAAUAUCAAUGGUUGGAAACAGCAUGUUCACAGUUCAGUUGAAUAACCGUUUGAAAGAUUUAAAAGGAAGUAAAGAAGACUUUGGUGGGGUUAGCAAUCAUUACACUUGGUGA